AAGUGACGGCAUCGAGUGUGCGCCCGGCGUUCGGUGGGGUCGAAUCCCGUAGCGGCGGCAGUUUGGCUAAGUUUCCGCGGCCGCGUCGUUCUCUCCGCGGUGCCCAGCAUCACUAUUUCAGGUGUGUGAAGAAAACCCAGAAAGUUAAAGAACUUUCUAAAGAACUAUGCAGAGGAUGCUCCAGGGGAACUCUGAGCACUGAGGACAGUGAGAGCAAUGGACCAGAACAGCAGCCUUCCACCUUACGCGCAGGGCUUGGCCUCCCCACAGGGUGCCAUGACUCCUGGAAUCCCCAUGUUCAGCCCGAUGAUGCCUUACGGCACAGGGCUCACCCCACAGCCUAUUCAGAACACCAAUAGUUUGUCUAUUUUGGAAGAGCAACAGAGACAGCAGCAGCAACAGCAGCAGCAGCAACAGCAGCAGCAGGCAGUAGCAACUGCAACAGCCUCAGUACAGCAGUCAACGUCUCAACAAUCCACACAGGGUGUCUCAGGCCAGACCCCACAGCUCUUCCAUUCUCAAACCCUGACCACUGCACCAUUGCCAGGCACGACCCCCUUGUACCCUUCACCAAUGACCCCUAUGACCCCCAUCACUCCUGCCACACCAGCCUCCGAGAGCUCUGGGAUCUUACCACAGCUUCAAAAUAUUGUGUCCACGGUGAAUCUUGGUUGUAAACUUGACCUAAAGACGAUUGCACUUCGUGCUCGAAAUGCUGAAUAUAAUCCCAAGCGGUUUGCUGCAGUCAUCAUGAGAAUAAGAGAGCCACGGACAACUGCGCUGAUUUUCAGUUCUGGGAAAAUGGUGUGCACAGGAGCCAAGAGUGAAGAACAAUCCAGACUAGCAGCAAGAAAAUACGCUCGGGUUGUGCAGAAGCUGGGCUUCCCAGCGAAGUUUCUAGACUUCAAGAUCCAGAACAUGGUGGGGAGCUGCGAUGUGAAGUUCCCCAUAAGGCUGGAAGGCCUGGUGCUGACCCACCAGCAGUUCAGUAGCUAUGAGCCAGAGUUAUUUCCUGGACUAAUCUACAGAAUGAUCAAACCCAGAAUUGUUCUCCUUAUCUUUGUUUCUGGAAAAGUUGUAUUAACGGGUGCUAAAGUUAGAGCAGAGAUUUAUGAAGCAUUUGAAAACAUCUACCCCAUCUUAAAGGGAUUCAGGAAAACCACAUAGUGUUGGCCAUGGACUCCGCCUUCCCUGUCCACUUGUGUUUGGUACCACUGAGGGUACAGUUGUGAGGACAUUCAGUCCCAGGUGGCAGCAUGAGGUGACACUGUGUGUCCUGCAGGGAACGGAAAGGUCACCUCUCUGCACUGACAUCACCCUGCAGCAUUACUGUGAGUUGCUUGCUGUGUGCUGCUAUUUGGGCAGCACUGCCCACUUAUUUAUAUUUAGAUUUUAAACACUGCUGUUGGUGAGUUCAUUGGUUUAAGGGACAGAACUUUUAAGUGUUCAAGCCACCUGUACAAUUGGGCUUUUUAUUUUAGCCUUUCCCACAUAAGCCAGUUUUUAUAUUUCUACCAGAAAAGUAAAAAUCUUUUUUUAAAAGUGUUGUUUUUCUAGUUUGUAACUCUCAGGAGUUAUUUUUGUGCCAGAUACAUUCCGCCUUCCCAGUAUUGCAGGACUGAAUAGUUGUAUUAUCAAAACAAAUGGCUGUACAUACUUUCUUCAGAGUACUCUGCACACACACACACA